GACCUACCUUAAACAUGGAUCUCAUUCGUAGAGUUUCUUCAUUCUCUCCCAUCUCUUACGGGUUGACUCUUCUCUCGUUGCUGAUCGCAGUCAUCCUUUUGGGGAUCCUCCAGGUUCAUAAAAGUUACACGAAACAGGUAUCUCCAGAGGGUUGCCGAAGAAUAGGUCUACAAGGCCGAAGCAAUCUUGCGGACCACCAAGAUCUUAGAUAUAGCAGCGGAAGUAACCCUGGUAUCUCUCUAGAUGGCACGCCGUUGUGGAGGGUCAAAGCCUUGUUCAUAUAUCCUAUAAAAAGCUGUCGUCGCAUCGAACUGGACCAUGGAGAAAUCAUCAGAACGGGAAUGAAGUAUGACAGGCAAUUUUGCUUCGCCCAGCAAGUUACCAGUCUGCCAUCAUCGGAAGAGAACAAAGACGGCUCACACACGGUCAAGUCUGAAUGGAACUUCAUCACUCAGAGGACCUUUGCACGCAUGGCAAAAGUAGAAACCGAGAUGUGGAUCCCGGAUCCAAGUUCGCCGACAUACUCUCCGAAUGCAGAAUUUGUUAAGAGCGACGGCUGUAUUGUAAUGAGAUUUCCUUUCUCUCCGGAUGUGGAUCUCAGCUGGAGUGGAGUCAAAGCGCUUGCUAGCUUAAUUGCUGCCAAACUUUAUGGUCAAUCGGAACCUAUGGUCGAACAAUGUAUCCCGUUCAACCCUUCCUUGGAUCGAAUCAAAGAAAAGGGUUAUACGAGCGAGAAGAUGAAGAUCUGGAAGGACGCACCAGAAGCAUUGAACAUGGGAGCUGAGAUGCCCGAAGACGUUAUGGCAAAGUUAAAGUACUCUCUCGGGGUUACAAACCCACUUACGCUAUUUCGAAUCGAUACUCAGAAGUAUCGCGAGGUCUUCAAAUGCGCUCCGAAAAAACAGGAUGUGGGAUACCAAAUCAUCAUAGGAAUGGCUGACUCAUAUCCGUUACACAUAAUGAAUCUAGCCAGUGUCCAUGACGUUGCUUCCAAGAUCCCGAAGGGCUACUACAAGGAGUUCAACCCCCUCCGCUAUCGGGCCAACGUUUACAUAACUGGUCCGCCUGCGUUCGCUGAGGAUUCGUGGGCUAAGGCCCGCAUCGGGGAUUGUAAUUACCACAUCUCCUGUAGAACUACCCGCUGCAAACUGCCGAAUGUGGACCCCGAAACUGCUAUCAGAGAUCGUGUUGAGCCUGAAAAGACGAUGAGAAGCUACCGUGUCGUUGAUAAGGGUAGUAGUAGUGCGUGCCUUGGUAUGCAAGUCACACCACUGGUUGAGGAGACGGGUGAAAUCAGUGUCGGCGAUGAAGUAAAACUCUUAGAGCAAGGCGAACACUUCUUCUUGAAGGUCUAGAAGUUAGUCGGCGGUGAGAAUGAUUUAUGUUAGUCAAAACGUAGUCUAAUAUCCAUUGCCCUGACCUUUACAUCGUAUUUAGCGUCUCCAAAGCGUAAUGGGGUACCCAAUGCAGUUGCAAGGAGCACCCAAACUUUUGUUCUAGUACCGUACUUUCAUUACGGAAUACUAACACCGCAAGCUACUUAGAGAUUUCCACUCUCGAGUUCGGUAUUUAUUCGAGUC